AUGGCUGAAGUGGAAGCUGAUGAAAUAGCUCAGGCAGCAGCUGAAAACCGUGUCCCAUCAGAAGUACGCAUGUGCAUGAGAGUUGGCAGUGAUCGAAGGCGAUACAACUUGCCACAUCAUGACGAAGUAGCCGCAAUUUUUGUAGGCCAAGAUGGAGCUCCUCCUGGAAACAGGGAUAUUAUUACCUACCCACGUGGAGGCAAUUUGCAAAAUAUUUCUACAUUAUCUGCAAAUUUAGAGCCAAUGGUUUAUCCUCUAUUUUUUCCAAGGGGUGAACCAGGUUGGUAUUAUGGGAUACCCCAUGUUGCAGAGCGUGCAACCCGUACUCGAAAUACUACUACAAUGUUGCAGUAUUAUAGUUACCGUGUAGCUGUUCGGGAAAAUUUUAGCCCUAUUCAUUAUGGUAAGAAAUUAUUUCAACAGUAUUGUGUCGAUUCUUAUGUUAAAGUUGAAGGUAACAACUUAAACUACAUACGUGCGAAUCAAACAAACUUGCGUGUUGACAGUUAUGAAGGUUUAGCUGACCACUUGAAUGCACGAGCUGAAGAGCGAGGUCUUCAACCAGGACAAUUUCAAAAAAGGGGUUUACCUCAUUGUCAUUUGUUACUUCAUUUAGAUCCCAAUGAUAAACUCCGGGAUGCAGAUGACAUAGACAGUGUUAUUUCAGCCGAAAUUCCUAAUCAACAGGAACAACCUGAGCUGUUUGAAAUUAUUCGGUCGUGUAUGAUUCAUGGACCAUGUGCCUAUCUGAAUCCUAAUUCCAGGUGUAUGGAGGAUGGUGUUUGCACAAAAAACUUUCCAAAAAAAUUUUUAGUGUCUACUGUUGCUGACGUUGAUGGAUAUCCAUUGUAUAGACGUCGUAAUAAUGGAAUACAUAUCAAUGUCAAUAAUGUUGAUGUAGAUAAUCGAUGGGUUGUUCCCUACAAUCCAUGGCUCUCCAAGAAAUACAAUGCACAUAUAAACUUAGAGGCUUGUCAUGAUUGUGCCAACAUUGAGAUCAAUGAACGUAUUGAUCACAAUGAGGUACAGACGUUUUUAGACGCUAGGUAUGUCAGUGCGCCAGAAGCACCAGACCAGGGUGAAGAAGCGGUGAACAGAGCUGCAAAUCAGGCCACUAAAUUAACAGCUUGGUUUGUGCUAAAUGGAGAGAAUCACAAUGCUCGCCAAUAUUUGUAUCCAGACAUUCCUCUUCAUUUCGUUUUCAAUAACAACAGGAAAGUUUGGACACCAAGACGAAACUUUAACCUUAAAAUUGUCUCUAGAAUGUAUAGUGUGAGUCCUCGCGCAGGUGAGCUUUUUUAUUUACGUAUGCUAUUAUUGCAUACGCGUGGUGUAACAUCUUAUGAAGAUUUAAGAACUGUGGAUGGUAAUGUCGCUGAGACAUUUCGUGAAACCUGUUUAUUGCGUGGACUCCUGCAAGAUGAUACCAAAUGGAACAAUACUUUGCAGGAGGCUGUCAACUUUCAGAUGCCUCGGCAAUUAAGACAAUUGUUUGCAAUAAUACUUAUCCACUGUGAACCUUCUGAUCCUUUUACUUUGUGGACAAGGUACAGGGGUUCUAUGUGUGAGGAUUAUCUUCACCAAAUGAACGAGGAUCAAGCUGAGUACAGGGUGCUUCAAGAUAUUCAUUCUGUACUGAGACAAUUUGGUAAAUCUCUUACUGAUUUUAAUCUUCCAAGUUUAGAUGAAAUACCUCCAGCUAAAAACAUUGACAUAGCUAUGGAGGCUGAAAGAGCUUCUCAACUAAGGGCUCAACUUACUGAAGAACAGACAGCACUUGCUGAUGCAGUUAUAGAAGCGGUUGUAAAUGUUGCUAACAAUACGGUCCAAAAUAACCGAUUGUUUUAUUUAGGUGCUGUUGGCAGUGGUAAAACCUUUACUUAUAAUUACCUUAUUUCUGAACUUUUAGGUAGAGGUUUUCAAGUUGGAACUGCUGCAUUUACUGGUAUAGCAGCAACUCUUUUGAAAAAGGGUACCACCAUACAUAAACUGUUUCGGUUACCAGUUCCUAUUUUAGAAAACAGUACAUGCAGCAUAACUCCAGUGUCUGUUUAUGCUGCAGAGCUACGACAAAAAAAUCUCUUUUUACUCGAUGAAUCUUCCAUGAUUCCUAAGCAUGCUUUUCAUGCAAUAGAUCGUCUUCUUAAAGACAUUUGCAAUAGCGAACUUCCAUUUGGAGGUGAAGUUGUUCUUUUAGGUGGUGAUUUUUCACAGUUAUUGCCUGUUGUCAGAAAAGGAAAACCAACUGAGAUUGUUGACAUGUGCUUAAAACGUUCUCCACUAUGGCAUUUGGUAACAGAAUUUAGAUUAACUCGCAACAUGAGAACGAGGCCAGGAGAACAAGAAUUUGCUGCAUGGCUUCUGCAACUUGGGAAAGGUGUUUUACCUGUUUGGGAACAACCACCAUUCCAAGGUGCAAUUGAGGUGCCACCCAAUUGUGUGUUACAACAAAAUCAAUGUAUUGUUGAUAUUUUGUUUAGGGAUUUUCACCCAGAAAAUAUGGCAUCAUCUGUAAUACUAACACCUACAAAUGAUGAUUCACUUCCCAUAAAUGGCCAGGUGUUGGCGUUAUUGCCAGACGAAGAAAAAAAUUAUUUCAGUGCAGAUGAUGUUGUUUGUGAUGAUGAGAAGGAACGGAAUCAAUAUCCGGUGGAAUUUUUAAAUAGUAUCACACCCUCAGGUAUGCCUCCUCAUUGUCUUAAAUUAAAAUCUGGUGCUAUUGUUAUGUUAUUAAGAAACAUAAACAUAAAUAAAGGUUUAUGUAAUGGCACUCGCCUAAUUGUAAGACGUCUUCACGACAACUGUGUCGAUGCUGAAGUACUUACUGGGAAUGCUAUUGGUGAUCGAGUACUUAUUCCAAGGCUGCAACUUGCACCUUCGGAUACAGAGCAAGAGCAUUUGGUGAUGUUAGACACACUUCUAUCGUCUAUAUGUCCACAUGUUAUGUACAACCUUGCUGACGUGGACGUUAUAGGUCUGUCGUGCUAUUGUACACUAUAUGUGCGUCUGUCAGUCCUACUGUACAGGGACAUGAGAACAGAUGUAUUAGCGGUUUUUAAUUACAAUGACAUGUCAAUGCAGUAUAAACAUUCUUUUGAAGUGUCAUUUACUUGGCUAUAUGUUGCUCCUUUAAUUACGAUAUACUUUUUUGAAAGAAAUGGUAUUUGUUUUGUAAUUGUGAAGCACAAAGUCCCAUGGCUUGCCUUCCCGUGGUGUGCUUCGUUACGUGAAUUAUUUCUAUACUAA